AUGGCGGGCCAAAGGAAGCCCACUGGAUUUUUGUCCAAAAUUGGCCAAAGUGAAGUGAUUCGGCAGUUGGGUGAGAUUGAAAAAGUAGUGACUUGGCUGCAGAUUAAAAACAAAUGGGAUCAUUUGAGAAAAAGGUGGAAGAUUUAUAACAAGUGUUUGGAGAAUGAGACUGGGUUGGGUUAUGAUCCUAUAACUGGGAUGUUUGACGCACCUGAUGAGUGGUGGAAUCGAAAGAUUGCGGCAUGUCCCGAUGCAAAAACCUUGAAAACGAAUGGUUUGCCUAAUCGUGACCUUCUGAACAUCAUGUUUGGAGGCACGGCUGCAAUGGGAAAAAAUGCAUUCUGCACGAGUGGUCCAAUACCAACGGAAACCACCGAAGGGUCUGGGGACUCCGGUAAUAGCAUAGAAUUUGUUGACCCCCAAUGUGAACCCGUUGUGAAUGUUGACGCAAUGGAGGUUGAAGGUCCAUCAUCGUCGAGGGUAGGACCAGCAAUGAAUAAGGGGAAAGGCCUAGCAACCAGUGUCCACAUCUUCAAGCCAAUUUCCAAGAAACCAAAAAAAAGGCGUUCAACCGCGCAAGAGAUGUCGGACUCUUUGAAGAGUAUCUCAAAUGUUAUUGUUGAAAGAUCUAGUCUAAGUGCCCGUACACCAUCUGCUCCCACAGCAACGGCUCAGGUUAAAGAAAUUCUGGACAUAGUGUUGAGUCUUCCUGGGGUGUACUCGGGUCAUUACCUUCAUUUGUUCAGCACUAUCUACUUCAUGGAAAAAGAGUCGGGUAGACACAUGUUUGCAGCACUUUCCGAUAACAAGGAUAUCUAG